AUGGAGCCCAAAGAAGCCCCUGGGAAGGAAACCCUGGGCACCAAGAGAAAGAAUCUGGCCUUCUUGAGGCCCAGGCUGUACAUGCUGGAGAGAAGGAAGACUGACACUGUGGUGGAGGGCAGUGUUUCUGGGGACCACUCUGGUGCCUUGAGGAGGAGCCAGUCUGACAGGACCGAAUACAACCAGAAGUUACAAGAAAAGAUGACUCCCCAGGCCGAGGGUUCUGUGGCUGAGACUCUAACUCAGGAGAGAGAGCAUCAGACAAGGAGAAUGAUGGCGAAACGGGAGAAAAUCAUCAAGGAGCUGAUACAGACGGAAAGGGACUACCUCAAUGAUCUAGAGCUGUGCGUGAGGGAAGUGGUUCAGCCCUUGAGAAGCAAGCAGGUUGAUCGGCUGGACGUGGAUAGCUUGUUUAGCAACAUUGAAUCCGUGCAUCAGAUAUCUGCCAAGCUGCUGUCAUUGUUGGAAGAGGCCACAACAGACGUGGAACCGGCCAUGCAAGUAAUCGGAGAGGUGUUCCUGCAGAUUAAAGGGCCGCUGGAGGACGUUUAUAAAGUCUACUGCUAUCACCACGACGAAGCGCACAGCGUCCUGGAGUCCUACGAGAAGGACGAGGAGCUGAAGCGACACCUGAGCCUCUGCACCCACUCGCUAAAGAAAAUAUACAUGCAAGAAGGUAAACCAAACUUGCUGGACAUGGGGUCUCUGAUGAUCAAACCCAUCCAGCGUGUGAUGAAAUACCCACUCCUACUGUGCGAACUUCGGAACUCCACUCCUGCCUGUCACCCAGACUUCAGAGUGCUGGAGGAUGCCUUUGCUGCAGUGAGGGACAUUAACGUAAACAUCAACGAGUUGAAAAGACGGAAAGAUUUAGUUCUAAAAUACAAGAAGAAUGAUGAGGACGAAUCUCUUAAAGACAAAUUGUCUAAACUCAAUAUUCAUUCAAUUAGCAAGAAAUCAAAAAGAGUGACAAAUCAUCUGAAGAUUCUGACCAGAGGAGAAUCGCAGGUGACAGACAAUACCUUUAACAGAGAAGAAAAGCUAUUUAGAUCUUUAGAGAAGGCCGUGAGGCAUUGUGUGAAGAACAUUUCGCUGUAUCUUCAACACAUACAGGACGCCACAACCUUGGCGCUGCAGAGUGCAAUGGCGUUGCAGGAGAUUUCAUGCAACAAGGACGAGGAGGAGAGGGGCCACUCAGAGGCCCCGAGUGAUGCCCCAAAUCCCUGUGGCGACUUUGCAGCGCGGCUGCAGACGCUGGUCCUGACGCCCCUGUCGGCCCUGCUGGCCCUGUUCCCGGGGCCCCGGAGGCUCGUCCAGAAGCGCUACGACAAGCUGCUGGACUGCGGCAGCCCCCCGCGGCGCGCGGGCGCCGAGGCGGACCUGGCCACACGGGAGUACGAGGCCCUCAACGCGCAGCUCGGGGAGGAGCUCCGGCUGUUCAACCGCGCGGCGCGGGGGCUCCUGGCCGACUGCCUGCGCAGCCUCGCCUCGCUCCUCGGGGCCCCGACGCGGGCGGCCCCGCGCCUCCACCCCGCGGCGCGGCCGAUACCACCAUUGGCUUCAAACAUCUCUGAAAUUCAGAAUCGAGUACUAGAAGAACUUCAAAAUCUGAAUUUUGUAAAGGACAACAGUGCCACCUUUAUUGAGAGGAAACUUAGUUUUGAAAAGAAGAAGCCUGUGCAAAUUCUGCCAGAAACACCACGUCAAACUGACACUCACCGCCUCAAACUUCUGUCCACGUACAGUACAGAGGAGCUCUACCAAGCCAAGCGCAGGUGCAACGCCACACAGGAAUAUGACAUCAAUCUCCUGGAAGGGGAGUUGGUGGCCGUGAUGGAACAGAAGGACCCACUGGGGAGCACGAGCAGGUGGCUUGUGGACACAGGACUUAUGAAAGGCUAUGUGUAUUCCUCCUUCCUAAAACCCUACAAUCCAGCAAAAGUGCAGAAGGCGGAUGCUGAGCACAGGUUCUGUGAUGAUGAUUUUGAUAACAUCAGCCUCUUCGUAUCUGCACGGCCGGCUCAUGACAGUGUCACAGGCACCCCAGAAGGUAGCAUAAGUGACAGCAGCUCAUCUCUCAGUGGCACAUGUGGAAAGCUUGAGACAAAUGGCACUGACGCUGACAGUUUUCAAGAAGUAGAUGAACAGAUUUUCUAUGCAGUUCAUGCCUUUCAAGCACGGAGUGACCAUGAACUCAGCCUUCAGGAAUACCAAAGAGUUCAUAUACUUAGAUUUUGUGACCUAAGUGGCAAUGCAGAGUGGUGGUUGGCUGAAGCUCAAGGGCAGAAAGGAUAUGUGCCAGCUAACUACCUGGGGAAGAUGACUUACGCUUAAGAAAA